AAAUACUCAAAUGAUGCUGGAAGAGAGCAGAUGAUGAUGAGAUCUGAUGCCCUCUACAUUCCGUCUACCAGGAAAUUCAAGCCGCCUUCUCCUUUUGUUCCACAUCAAGCAAGGGUCUGGUUUUGGCAACUUUGUCAGCAGACUUGAAUUCUCUGGUAGCUGGAUUCCAGAGGGAGAUGCAGCAUGAAAUCUGCUACCCUCCGGUCUCCAUCUACCAGGAAAUUCAACCCUUCUGCUUCAGUUUUGAUUGCAAAACUAACCACCACUACUAGUGCUAGUACAAGAUCCCUCUGGCCUCUGCAGUUUUUCUUUCACUUCAGAACCCAUGCAACAGAAUUCUCUUGGCUCGACUCCUCUAGGAUAUAACAGCCCAACAUGGUCCUUGGACAGAGACAUAUGUUUAUUUACACAAGGAGUUUUCAGAUUUUGCAGAGUUGAUUUGGAACAAAAGUAAGAAUAGUUGAAGGAAAUAUUUGAUUUUUAAUUGCUAUAUUCAUUGACUGUGGAUUUGUAGAAAGCCAGUAGUAAAUGUACAUGGACAUAAAAUAGGAAUCAAAUUGAGCAGUGAUGUGUGUUUCCAAUCAUGCUUGAAUGAUUACAUAUUUGUCAAUGAUUUCAGGGAGAAAAUAGUUUGUUUUGUUUUUGUCCAAUUAUGUAGCAUGAAUCUAUGGCAAUACAAUAAGUGAGACUCUGAGAUUUUGAUUUGUUAAGAGCAGGAAUGUGCUUUUUGUUCAUGUUCAUUUCCACUCAUAGUAAAGCUGUGUUAAGAUUUCCUAGAGGGAAAAUUCUGGGUAUGGAAAAAAUUACUUCACUUUCGAUUAUGGCUCAAGAACCAGAGUUUUAAUAGAGAGAGCCUACCACUUGAUGAAAAUGUUCAAAGAGCAACAAUGAGGCUUUCACUCCUUCUCAUUCUCCUCCAACCAAUCAUUCUUUUCUCGCUUUUCGUUGGAGUUUUGGCCAUCAGAAAGCCUUACAUUGUGUACUUAGGUUCACAUGAACAUGGACCGGAGCCUACAUCAAUGGAAAUUCAUCUUGCAAAAAAUUCUCAUUAUAAGUUGCUUGGAUCAUUAGUUGGAAGUACUGAAAAAGCCAAAGAUUUCAUAUUUUAUCAGUAUACCGGAAGCAUUAAUGGUUUUGCUGCAAUACUUGAAGAGGGAGAAGCAGUAGAGAUUGCAAAACAUCCAGACGUUGUGUCAGUUUUCUUGAAUGAGGAUCAUGAACUUUACACGACACGGUCUUGGAGUUUCCUUGGAUUAGAGAGAGAUGGGGUAAUGCUCAAGAGCUCAACGUGGAAGAAGGCAAGGUUUGGUGAAGAUACAAUCAUCGGAAAUAUCGAUACUGGUGUUUGGCCAGAAUCAAGGAGUUUCAGUGACAAAGGGUACAAACCGGUGCCAUCCAGAUGGAAAGGGAUAUGUCAAGAAGACAAAACCAAGAGCCCAGUUCAAUGCAAUAGGAAGUUGAUUGGAGCAAGGUACUUCAACAAAGGUUUCAAUGGAUCUUAUGAUAAACUCAACUAUUCUUUCAAUACUGCUCGAGACAACUAUGGCCAUGGGACACACACGUUAUCAACAGUUGGAGGUAACUUUGUUGAUGGAGUGAGUGUUUUUGGCCAAGGCAAUGGUACUGCAAAAGGAGGAUCACCAAAAGCCCGUGUCGCUGCUUACAAGGCUUGUUGGUUUUUCAUAUUUUUCACAAAAUGCAGCUCUGUGGAUGUACUAGCAGCCUUUGAUGCUGCCAUAACUGAUGGUGUCGACGUGAUAUCUGUAUCACUUAGUGGCAAACCAAAGGAGUUUUUCGAGGAUGUAAUAUCUAUUGGAGCUUUCCAUGCCAUUAAGAAAGGCAUAGUCGUGGUUUGUUCUGCUGGCAACGCAGGACCAAGAACAGGGUAUGUAGCCAAUGUGUCUCCAUGGAUUAUAACAGUUGGCGCUAGCACUAUCGAUAGAAAGUUCAACAUCAACUCUGCCAAAAAUCCUAUGGAACCUGUCACAACCUCAAGAACAAUGUUGGGAACAAUUCGAGCACCAGUGGUGGCUAAUUUCUCAUCUAGGGGACCUAGUAAGAUUGAGCCAACACUUCUCAAGCCUGAUAUCAUUGCACCUGGUGUCAACAUUAUAGCUGCUUUUACUGAAGAUCCUAAUGCUUAUAUAAAUGGGAUCCCAUUUCCUUACAUGGUAUAUUCUGGAACGUCAAUGUCAUGCCCUCAUAUUGCUGGCAUAGUUGGCCUUCUCAAGACACUCUAUCCGAAUUGGAGUCCAGCUGCUAUCAAAUCAGCAAUCAUGACAACAGCAACCAUAAGGGACAAUAUGAAUGCACGAAUACAAGAUUUUCGGCGCAAUAGAAAGGCAACUCCAUUUGCAUAUGGUGCAGGACAUGUUCAACCAAACCUGGCCGUGGAUCCUGGUCUUAUUUAUGACUUAACCAUUGAUGAUUUUCUCAAUUUCUUAUGCGCUAGCGGCUACAACCAAAGUCUCAUUAGAAAAUUUUCUGAUAAGUCCUACACAUGUCCCCCGUCCGCUAGCCUGGUGAACUUCAGCUACCCAUCAAUCACAGUUCCUAAUCUACAAGGUUCGAUAACAAUUACAAGAAGAGUCAAGAAUGUUGGUGCUCCGGGGACAUACAAAGCAACCGUCAAGGCACCCAAGGGCGUGUCAGUUUCAGUUAGUCCAACAACACUAGUUUUUGAUGGGAUUGGCAGAGAGUUGAGUUUUAAUGUUACCCUAAAAUCUGAUGUCAAGGACAGUGAGCGCAAGCGCUAUGUAUUUGGAUACUUGACUUGGUCAGAUGGCAAGCAUUAUGUAAAUAGUCCUAUUGUGGUAAAGCACAAGUAGAAGCUCUCAAACAUCAAAUCAAGCUCAUAUUUAUGAGCCAAUUAUUCGAUAAACUUAUGUUCCUCUCUUUA